AUGGCGAAGAAAAAGAAGCCCGCCGGCAACCCCGCUCGUGGCUUCGCGACCACGUCGGUUGCGAGCAAGCCCAAGCCAGAAAAGAUUGCUGCAGACGCCCCAGCCAAGCAAGUCGUUCAGGCACCGGAUAAGAAAAGCGCGACUGCACCAGAGCCUACGCAUGCGCCGACCACGUCCCAGACGGCUGAAGCGCCCAAGCCAGACGUCGCACCCACUCCCGAGGAACUCGAGGCCCAGCUAGAGCGUGAUGAACUCCAACUGCUUGUUGAGAAGCACGCACCAAAGGUCCGCCGUGAAUCUAGUCGAUAUGUCUCUAAAUUCCAGACGGACCGUAGGCUCCUCCGCAGCCAGUCGCACGCCAUGACGGUCCACGAUUGGCUUCCCAGUGAGAUCUUGGAUAGCAUUAUUCUCCUAGCCCAGGCAGAGUCGAACGACUCGAACAGGAGGCAGGGACAGCAGUCCCUUCUCAAGACCCUGACUGAAGAGGAUGCCAUGUCCAAGCUUUGGACCCUUGAUCUUACCCUGCGCGAGCUAGGUUUCUCUCAGGAUCACAUCCAGCCCGUCUUGAGAUGGCUUUGUGCCAAUGCUGCAAGCAUUGAUGCGUCUUCUGGUAUCUGGGGUCUUCAAGAAGCGCUGGAGUGGCUUGCUUUGGACCAAUGCGAGGACCACUCUUUCUCAUAUGAAGAAUCGCAACCCAGACGGUCAGGACUCGAGUCCCUUAAUAUUUCUCGACCUCCGACACCGCCGCCUCAGCCGUCCACCAACGGAAACACCGUUUCUGGAGCCUCACCUUCCGCACCCGUAAAAGCCCCAGCACCGGAAGAGUUUAGUCAAUCGGAUGUCUACGUCAGUGACCUCGAUAGCGACCUUGAAUCCGACGAACUUAUUCCCGGGUAUCUGAAGAUCAAGGGCAAGCUGUUUGAAAUUGAUCCACAGCUCGUCGAUGCGUCCACACGGAAGCCAAAGGGAUCUAAAUCUAAGAAAUCCGCGCCUGUGCCUACGCAGACUCCAGCUGUUCGAAAACUGCUCUCCCAGUUGCAGCAAAUUACGUCUGAUCCUCUCUUUGACGAAUACCAAGCUGAAGCGCAGUGGCCUGCAAAGCGUAAUCAAAUUGCACAGAGUCAAGCUGAGAAGAGACAACAAAAUGGCUCACAGUCUAGUAAUACUCGAGUGCAAGAUAAUGACACUACUCUAGAUCUUCCAGUAUCUGCAAAAGUUGAAGCCAAUCCCGCACCAGCAGCGUCUCCAACUGAGCGCGAUCAUGAAGAGGACGCUGACCUACUAGGAGGCAUGUUUGCAGUACCCGAUGCAACGUCCGCUCCCGAGGCUACGCCCAACGGCACAGAUUCCGACAAUAUAGCACUACGUGACUUUGGCAAAAUGAGUGGAGUGUCUCCUCGCAAAGUGCUUGAAGAGGCCAUGAGAUCCAGGGAUGCUGGAGCGCGACUAUCUUACAAAAUGGUCUCACCCACAACGUAUACUUGUCGGCACUCGGUGACCAUCACCUGGUCGAAGGAACAAGACAUCGAGUACGACAUCGAUAUCGUUGGGGUUCUUUGUACUCCGUACCGGAAGCAAAUCAUCCUCGAGGCGACUGAAAUUGCUGCUGUAUCGGUUGAGCAGAGUGAAAGCUUCAUCUCUGUCGCUGCACUCUUCUCAAUCUCUGCUGCUCUACCGAAAGAAGAGAAGGUUUACAUCCGGCUUCCGUCUAACUGGAGAGACGUCUACAAGGAGUUCUUAGAGCGCCGCAAGACGCGCUUGGACGCGGAAGAUCGUGAUGCUAUCAAACACUACCGUUCGAUCAUCGAGGAUCAGAUCGAGAACGAAGAGUCAGAUGGUGUUGUGCUUACAAAUCGCUUUAAGAUGCGCGCUCAGGCAGCUACAAGCUCGAGCGCAUCGAACUCUGGCUAUAGCACACCGGUGCGACAUCACGACGGUCUGAGAGAGUUGUGGGUUGCAAAAGCUUCAACUUCAUCAUACCAGCGUAUGCUUGUUGGACGAAUGAACCUCCCAGUCUUUAAUUUCAGGGACUCUAUUUUGUCAACAAUCGACAAAAAUCAGGUUACAAUCAUCUGCGGUGAGACUGGCUGUGGAAAGAGUACACAAAUUCCGGCUUUCGUCCUCGAGCACGAGCUCUCGCAAGGCAGGUCAUGCAAGGUCUAUUGUACGGAGCCAAGACGUAUAUCCGCAAUUUCGCUUGCGCAACGUGUGAGCGAGGAACUUGGCGAAGGACCCAAGGACCUUGGAUCAAUGCGCUCACUUGUAGGAUAUGCAAUUCGCCUUGAAUCAAAGACUUCUUCACAGACUCGCUUGAUAUACGCGACUGUUGGUGUGGUAUUGCGAAUGCUAGAAUCAUCUGGAGGUCUACAAGAGGUCACACAUCUGGUCAUCGAUGAAGUCCACGAAAGAUCCAUCGACACAGAUUUCCUUCUUGUUAUCCUUCGGUCACUCAUGGAACGCCGACCUGAACUCAAGGUCAUAUUAAUGAGCGCUACGGUAGAUGCCGCAAAGUUCUCAAGGUAUCUUAACGACGCGCCAAUCCUCACAGUACCAGGUCGGACCUUCCCAGUUCAGACUCGAUACCUGGAGGAUGCGGUUGAGUUGACCAAUUAUACUGGAGCAUCUGAUGUAACCAAAAACACCGCCACAAGCGAUGAGGACGAGGGUGACGAUAUCACGAGCGAUAAAUCCGGUAUCCCCAGCAAACUACCAGGUUACAGUCCGGCCACACGUAGUGUGCUCUCUGCGUACGACGAGUACGCCAUUGAUUACGAUCUGAUCACUCGUCUGGUUGAGACAGUCGCGUAUGAUUCGCAGUUGAGCCGCUUCAGCAGUGCCAUCUUGGUAUUCCUUCCAGGUAUCGCUGAGAUCCGCCAGCUCAAUGACAUAUUGGUCAGCCAUCCCUCAUUCAAGGCCGAUUGGUAUGUGUAUCCGCUACACUCCACCAUCUCAAGCGAAGACCAACAGGCCGCGUUCCUUGUUCCACCUCCGGGCGUACGCAAGAUUGUGCUUGCUACGAACAUCGCUGAAACCGGAGUCACAAUUCCGGACAUCACCUGCGUCAUUGACACAGGUAAACACAAGGAGAUGAGGUUUGACGAACGCAGACAGCUAUCACGCUUGACACAAUCAUUCAUAUCUAGAGCCAAUGCGAAGCAGCGACGCGGUCGUGCUGGCCGUGUACAGGAAGGUCUAUGCUUCCAUCUCUUCACAAAAUAUCGCCACGAUAACCUUAUGGCGGAACAGCAAACGCCUGAGAUGCUGAGGCUAUCGCUCCAAGAUUUGGUCAUGCGCGUGAAGAUCUGCAAGCUGGGUGAUAUCGAGGCUACCCUUGCUCAAGCACUCGAUCCACCCACUUCAAGGAACAUUCGCCGUGCUAUUGAUGCACUUGUAGAGGUCGAUGCGUUGACGCCGAGCGAAGAGCUGACACCUCUUGGUCGUCAAAUCGCAAAGCUCCCAUUGGAUGCACACUUGGGCAAGCUUGUACUUCUUGCAAGCACAUUUGGUUGUGUUGACGUUGCUAUCACCAUUGCUGCCAUUGUGUCUUCCAAGUCACCUUUCUUGACACCGUUUGGAGCAAAGCAACGAGCUGACAUCGCCCGCCUCGCGUUCAAGAAGGGCGACUCCGACCUCCUUACCACAUACAACGCCUAUAAAGCCUGGAAAGCAGUCUGUACCACCCCGGGACGGUCUGAAAUGCAAUUCUGCCACAGAAACUUCCUGAGCCCGCAAAAUCUUGGGAACAUCGAGGACCUCAAAGCCCAACUCUUCUCCUCACUAGUCGACGCAGGCUUCAUCCAACUCACGCCCGACGAGCGCCACGCUUCGAACCGCUACCGCAACACAUCCCGCCACCGUGUCUUCGUCGACAUACCACCCCAAUACGACAUCCAUACGGACAACGACGUCCUGGUAAACUCCGUCAUCGCAACGGCCUUCUACCCCAAGAUCCUGACCCGCGAAGGAAAAGGCUGGCGUAACAUUUCCAACAACCAAACCGUUUCCUUGGGCCCAACUUCCGUUAACAAGGGCAGCCAAACCGCACACUUCCUUUCGUACUACAACAUCAUGCAAUCCAGCAACAAGUUCUACAACGCGCACUCUACCUCCAUUGCAUACCCGCUUCCCAUGGUCCUCAUGGUCGCUGCGGACAACGCCAUGGAUUUUAAACUACACGCCGGUGUCAUCAGUCUGCCUGGCAACGUCCUCCGUUUUGCAGUGAGGGAAUGGAGGGCAGCUGUUGCGCUCAAGGUGUUGAGACGCCGCGUCAAGGAGAUUUUGGCAAAUAGCUGGAAGAACCCGAGUCGGCAGCUGAGUGAUCGGGAGAAGGAGUGGUUGGGCUUGUUUUAUAAGAUGUUUGAGGAGAGGUUUGAGAAGGAUGAGAGGAUUCGGGAGAGGGGUGGGGGGAAGGCGAAGUAA